GAUGAUGAUUAUGAUGACGAUGUUGAUGAUGAUGAUAUGGAUGAUGAUGUUGUUGUUAAUGAUGAUGAUUUGGAUGAUUAUGAUGGUGAUGAUGAUGAUGAUUUGAAUGAUGAUGAUGAUGAGGAUGGUGAAGUUAUUGAUGAUGCUGUUGUUAAUGAUGAUGAUUUGAAUGAUGACGAUGGUGAUGUUGAUGAUGAAGAUGAUGAUGAUUUGGAUGAUGAUGAAGAUGGUGAUGAUAUUGAUGAUGAUUAUAAUGACGAUGUUGAUGAUGAUAACUUGAAUGAUGAAGUUAAUGAUGAGGAUUCGGAAGAUCAUGAUGAUGAUUGGGUUGAUGAUGUUGAUUUGGAUGAUUGUGAUGAUAUGGAUGUUGAUGAUGAUGAAAAGAAUGAUGAUGAUGAUGAUGAUGAUUUAUAUGAUGAUGAUGAUUUCGAUGAUAAUGAUGAUUGUGAUGAUGAUGAUGAUCAUGAUGAUUAUGAUUGGGAUGAUAGAGAUCAUUUGGAUGAUGAUUAA